GUUUCAGCAAGCCACUUUGUUCGCCAUCUCCACUAUGGGCUUCUGGAUACUGGUGUUUGUUUGCUGCAGAUGAGAAAAUGGCGGCUUCCUGGGCGGCAUGAGAAGUAGCCAAAGACAGUACUAGCUUCUCAUUUUAACUGAUAUAAUUAUCUGGGUGCAAUUUCUUAAAUUGAGUCCCGCUCUCGAGACUUUUGAUUAGUUACAAUUAACGUAGGAACUUCAUCUCCCGGCACAAUGGCAUCUGGCUCAGUCCUGCAGCCACGGUGGAAGCGGGUUUUGGGUUGGUCCGGUCCUGUACCCCGGCCCCGACAUGGGCACCGUGCGGUUGCAAUCAAAGAAUUGAUGGUCGUUUUCGGGGGGGGCAAUGAAGGAAUUGUGGAUGAGUUGCACGUUUAUAACACAGCGACCAACCAGUGGUUCAUUCCUGCUGUCCGUGGCGACAUCCCGCCUGGCUGUGCUGCGUAUGGUUUCGUGUGCGACGGCACCAGGCUGCUGGUGUUCGGAGGGAUGGUGGAAUAUGGCAAAUACAGCAAUGAUCUGUAUGAACUGCAGGCUAGCCGCUGGGAGUGGAAGCGUCUGAAGGCCAAAUCUCCUAAGAACGGCCCUCCUCCCUGUCCCCGUCUGGGCCACAGCUUCUCCCUGGUAGGGAACAAAUGCUACCUUUUCGGAGGACUGGCUAACGACAGCGAGGACCCCAAGAACAACAUCCCCAGAUACCUGAAUGAUCUGUAUAUGUUGGAGCUGCGUGCCGGCUCCAGUGUGGUGGGUUGGGACAUCCCCAUCACCUACGGGGUGUUGCCCCCGCCCAGAGAGAGCCACACCGCCGUCGUCUACACAGAGAAGUCCCGUCUGGUCAUCUAUGGAGGCAUGAGUGGUUGUCGUCUGGGGGAUCUGUGGAUCUUAGACAUAGACACCCUCACAUGGAAUAAGCCCUCGAUCAACGGAACAGCUCCUCUCCCUCGCAGCCUCCACUCUGCCACAACUAUCACCAACAAGAUGUACGUGUUCGGAGGCUGGGUUCCCCUGGUGAUGGAUGAUGUCAAAGUAGCGACACACGAGAAGGAGUGGAAGUGCACCAACACACUGGCCUGUCUCAACCUAGACUCGAUGGUGUGGGAGUCAGUUCUACUGGACUCUCUAGAGGAUAACAUCCCCAGGGCCCGAGCCGGUCACUGCUCCGUGGCCAUCAACUCACGUCUGUACGUGUGGAGCGGACGGGACGGCUACCGCAAGGCCUGGAACAACCAGGUGUGCUGUAAGGACCUCUGGUACCUGGAGACAGAGAAGCCCCGCCCCCCGUCGAGGGUGCAGCUGGUGAGAGCCAACACCAGUAGCCUGGAGGUGAGCUGGGGGGCGGUACCAACGGCAGACACCUACCUGUUACAGCUGCAGAAGUACGAUAUCCCCCCCGCCCCGGCCGCCACCACGACCGGCGUCAGCCCCGCGACACCACUGCCGGUCAACUCCUCCCCCAAAAGCCCCGUCUCGGCCUCGGCAGUGUCCGCCCAGGGCCACCCUCUCCAGGGCAUCACCCUGGUCCCCUCCAUGCCUGGAAGUCCAGUUCCUGCUCGCGGACCAGCUAUUCUUAAGGUGUCUGCUCCCCAUUCCACCACAGGCGCCUCCAUCGUCACGGUGAGACAGGCCAACCAGGGCGGGAAAUCCCCUGUCAUGGUUACAUCACUUCCUGCUGGGGUCCGAAUGGUGGUGCCGGCCCAGGUCGCACAGGGAACCCCAAUGGGCAGCAGCCCUCAGAUGAGUGGCAUGGCUGCGUUGGCUGCAGCAGCUGCGGCCACUCAGAAGAUCCCGCCUUCCACGGCCACCAUGCAGUUGCCAGCCGGUGCCACCAUAGUCAAGACAGUAGCCAUGAGCCCUGGCGCACAGACUGUCAAAGUAGCUUCGCCUGUUAUGAUUAGUAACCCAGCUACUCGCAUGCUGAAGACUGCUGCGGCUCAGGUGGGCACGUCAGGUGUCGCCACACCCGGAACGCCCAAUCGGCCAAUCAUCACCGUGCACAAGUCUGGCACGGUGACGGUUGCCCAGCAACACCAGGUGGUUACCACGGUAGUGGGAGGAGUCACCAAGACCAUCACUCUGGUUAAGAGUCCCCUCACUCUGGGGGGAGGUGGUACGCUGCUGACCGCGGCCAACCAGGGUCAAAACAAAGUGAUGUCUGGGAAGGACGUGCAGCAUUGGCUGUCUAACCUGUCCAACCUGGGGAAGGUGAUGUCCGUGGUCCAGACCAAGCCUGGUCAGACAGGAACGGUUACGGGACAGGCUGGCUCCAGCCUCCAGCACAUCCUACAGACGAAGGGUCCUCUUCCGGCGGGUACUAUCCUGAAGCUGGUGACGUCAGCCGACGGCACGCCCACCACCAUCAUCACCACUUCCAAGGCCGGGACCACCGUAGGGGGAAAGCCCACCAUCUUGUCCUACAGCAGCAUGCCUACCUCCACCUCCAAGCCGGGCACCCACAUUAUCAAGACCAUACCCAUGUCCUCCAUCGGACAAACUGGAGUGACAGGAAGUGGUAUGAAGUCCCCCAUUACCAUCAUUACCACUAAGAUGAUGACACCAGGCACCGGGACACCAGGCAAGAUCAUCAGCACUAUGCCCAGAACUGGGGCUGGUCAACAGGGACUCACACAGGUGGUGCUGAAGGGUGCCCCAGGACAACCCGGAACUAUUUUACGGACCGUCCCCAUGGGAGGUGACCCUGGGAACCAGUCUGUUAGCGCUACCAAUGGCCGUCAAUCAAUUCCUAAUUCAAUGUUCUCCCUCUGAACAGGUGUGACUACGUUGGGUACGGUGACUGGCACAGUGUCGACCAGCUUGGCAGGAGGAAGUGUUGCCACCGUUGCUCCUAUCACCACCUUGGGCACCAUGACGACCCUGCCUGGACAGGUCACUGUCUCCGCAGCACAGGCAGGAGGCCAGGCAGGAGGCCAGGCCACCCAGGUGACCUUAAUCACUUCCCCUAGCGGUGUGGAGGCGCAGCCUGUCCAUGACCUUCCUGUCUCCAUCCUGUCGUCCCCCACCUCCGCCGACCCCUCCUCCACCCAGCCUGAGGCAGGCGACCCAGGCACCGUGACCCUGGUCUGCUCAAACCCCCCCUGCGAGACCCACGAGACCGGCACCACCAAUACAGCUACCACGGCCUCCGCUAACAUGACUGGUAAUGGUGGGGUGGAGAGGGUGUGCUCAAACCCCCCCUGCGAGACCCACGAGACCGGCACCACCAACACUCAAACGACCGCGUCCUCCAACAUGGGCCAGGUACAGCAGGUGUGCACCAACCCCCCGUCCGAGACCCACGAUACAGGUACCACCAACACCCAGACCACCGCCAGCUGUAACAUGGGAUCCAACCAGCAACAACAAGGCUCCUGCGUAACCAACAACAACACUAGCGGGUCUGAUCCCCCGUCCUCUCCGCCCCCCUCCUCCUCCGGAGACCUCUCCCCCUCGUCUGUUUCUGGUACCAGCUCUGUGCCCGGGGUGCUACGACCGGAGACUCUGAGAACAGGGACCACCUACACCUCCACCACCGCACGCUCUAACAUGGGCUCUGACCAGAUGGGCAUGACUCUCAGCUCCUCGUCCUCAGAUAACCAGAGCAAGUCAUCCAGUGGAGGAGGAGGAGGAGGAUCCCUCACCUCUCCUGUCUGCUCCAAUCCACCUUGUGAAACGCACGAGACUGGCACUACCACUACGUCGACGCAGGCCAACUCCAGUAUUGGCAUCGGGCAGACUACAGGGACAGUGCAGAGGGUCUGUUCCAAUCCUCCGUGUGAAACGCACGAAACGGGAACCACCAACACCCCGUCUCAGACUACGUCCAACCUGACAGGGACGGGCACGGUCCAGAGGGUGUGUUCCAAUCCACCGUGCGAAACACACGAAACGGGGACGACCAACACAGCUACCACAGCCCAGCCUGGUGACUCGACACAAGGAGACAACGGAACUCAAGAGGCUCCCUCGUCGUCCUCGGCAACCACCGAGUCCAGCGCAUCGACGACAUCUGGCAGAGCCGUCACCACGGUUACUCAGUCCACGCCCACACCUGGGCCCUGCGUACCUGAGAUCUCAUCAAUGUCUGGGUCGUCCGAGGCGGUGGCAUCGAGGGCUGAAGAGGAAGAGGAGGCCAUGCAGACCGACUCUCUCCCAGAGGGCACAGUGAGGGUUGUGACCCUGGAAGAGGCUGCUGCAGCUGGGAUACAUGUCCAUGUGGAGGACAUGGAGGAACAGAACCAAGGGGAGCAGGAGGGCCUGCCUGCGGAGCUGAUGUCUGAAGGUGGCUCGGGGGGCCAGCAGACCCUGAUGGUGACUGGUUUAACCCCCGAGGAGCUGGCUGUUACCGCUGCAGCCGAGCAGGCAGCACAACACGCUGCUACUGAGGAGGCCCAGGCCAAGGCCAUACAGGCUGUCCUGCAGGCCGCACAGCACGCUGUCAUGAAUGAAGGAGACGGUGGCCAUCACACCACCACCAUCCCCAUUGUGUUGACUCAGGCUGAGCUGGCAGCCCUGGUACAACAACAGCAGCAGCUGCAGGAGGCCCAGGAGGCCCAGGCUCUUGCUCAGGCCCAGGCUCUUGCUCAGGCAGCAGCACAACACAACCAGCCCACCGAGGGCCUGGCCCCAGCAGACAGCCUGAACGACCCAGCGUCAGAGAGCAACGCCGAUGAGCUGGCUGCUGCAGUGACCCAGGCUGUGACCCGAUUGGCUCCGUCCUGCACCUUAACCCCCACUCAGACCAUGAUGGUGACCAGCCCGGCUAAGAUACAGGCAGCUACAACCAUGGCAGAGGUGGUCAAUGGAAUAGAGUCUGCCGCUGGGAGGCCAGCUCCGCCUCCUGCGGUGGCCAAAGCCCCGCUGAAGAAAGACAACCAGUGGUUUGACGUUGGCAUCGUCAAGGUUACCAACACGGUGGUCACGCACUACUACCUACCCGACGAAGACGCGGCUACCGUUGAUGAUGACUCUGGGACGAUCCCGGACUACAGUCAGAUGAGGAAGAUGGAUCUCCAGCCAGGGACGGCCUAUAAAUUCAGAGUGGCCGGGAUCAACACCUGUGGUCGAGGGAACUUCUCAGAGGUCUCGGCCUUCAAGACGUGUCUACCGGGCUUCCCCGGAGCUCCCUGUGCGAUCAAGAUCAGCAAGAGCCCAGACGGCGCCCACCUGACCUGGGAGCCUCCGUCGGUCACAUCUGGUAAGAUCAUUGAGUACUCUGUGUACCUGGCCAUCCAGAGCGCCCAGAGCGGGGAGCAGGCCAAGCCCACCACCACCACCACCCCAGCCCAGCUGGCUUUCAUGCGAGUGUUCUGUGGGCCCAACCCUUCCUGCCUGGUGCAGUCGUCCAGCCUGUCCAACGCACACAUAGACUACACCACCAAGCCUGCCAUCAUCUUCCGCAUCGCAGCCCGCAACGAGAAAGGUUACGGCCCUGCCACGCAGGUCAGGUGGCUCCAAGAGAUUAGUAAAGAUGGCCUUGUAGGUAAACCUACCGUGAAGAGACCAGGUUCCUCACCUGACAUGAAACCUGCUGGUCCGAAGAAGGCCAGAUCAGACCAGUGAGGGGUUACCUUCCUCUCCCCUUGUUGUCCAUGAUGACUAUGACUGAACUGAAUACAACACCUUCCCUACUGAAUACAAUACAGGCUCCACCUAGACCCCGGACUCCAACCUCUACCAGAACCCCAUCUAACCCUACAACAGCACAUCCUGAACCCAGACCAGCCCCAUCCUGAACCCAGACCAGCCCCAUCCUGAACCCAGACCAGGCCCCCCAUCCUGAACCCAGACCAGGCCCCCCAUCCUGAACCCAGACCAGACCCCCCAUCCUGAACCCAGACCAGCCCCAUCCUGAACCCAGACCAGGCCCCCCAUCCUGAACCCAGACCAGGCCCCAUCCUGAACCCAGACCAG